AUGGUAGCCAUGCAUGAUCGUGGCCUGGGGAUGCGACCCCUUCACGAGUCACCCUUAAAGGAUAAACUGAAAUGUCAUGGUAACGUCAAUAAAAAACCAAAUGAAGCCAUACUACCAUAUUUGCAAGAGGCCGACUUCGGUGAAGUGGUAAAACUUGAAAAUUAUAAACUAAAUGUUGGCCUCAUUACUGCUAUGGUGGAGAGAUGGAGACCAGAAACUCACACAUUUCAUCUUCCAGUAGGUGAGUGCACAAUAACUCUGGAAGAUGUAUACUACAUUUUAGGAUUAAAUGUUUCUGGUUUUUCUGUUAGCUGUUCAAAUUUUGUGAACGUUAAAGAAAUUUGUCAAGAUUACUUAGGAGUUAUCCCACCUCAAGGAGCAACAAAAGGUAACUCUAUUAAAUUAAAGUGGCUCAAGGAUAGGUUUGACGAUGUUGGUGAAAAUGCAUCUGUAUUAGAAAAACAAGCAUCUUGUCGAGCAUACAUCCUACGUAUGAUUGGAGUGUUAUUGAUGCCUGACAAAUCCAACAACCUGGUGCAUUUAAAAUAUCUUUCACUGUUAGGAGAUUUACAAAAAGCAUCCCAAUAUAGUUGGGGUUCAGUCGUUUUAGCUUCACUAUAUAGAGAACUAUGUCUUGCAACGAAACCCGGUGUAAUGUUUAUGGGAGGCUGUGCAUUGUUGUUGCAAAAUUGGGCAUGGUAUCGUUUGUCUUGUGUCGCUCCAGAAUCAAUCAAUCCAUGGAUAUUUCCACUUGCACAAAGGUAA